CCUCGCUUGCGCGCGUGGAUGCGCGCGCGAGUGCGCGAGCGUGUGUGUGUGUGCGUGUGCGUGUGUGUGUGUAAGCCGCUUGUCGUGUUGAUGUCGACUGACUCCCAGCGACGGAGACGAAAACACAGAUCGGACGGCGAGCGAAGAAAUAACCGCGGCCGUCAUCGGGACAACGUUCUGCCUCCUCCUCCCCCCCCCCCCACCUCCGUCGUCGUCCGCGCUUGCUAAGUGAAGGUCGGUCCGGCGACGAUGACCCAGCCUCGGCCGGACGAGUUCGAGCCGCCCCCGGAGUGCCCCGUCUUCGAGCCCAGCUGGGAAGAAUUCGGCGAUCCUUUCGCUUUCAUCAACAAGAUCCGCCCGAUCGCCGAGAGGACCGGCAUUUGCAAAGUCCGCCCGCCGCCGGGGUGGCAGCCACCAUUUGCUUGUGAUGUUGAUAGACUUCACUUUGUUCCUCGGAUCCAGAGGCUCAAUGAGCUGGAGGCACAGACCAGAGUCAAGCUUAAUUUCUUGGACCAAAUUGCCAAAUUUUGGGAUUUGCAGGGCUGUAGUCUGAAAAUUCCUCACGUGGAAAGGAAAAUUUUGGAUUUAUAUAAACUAAACAAGCUGGUAACAGAUGAGGGUGGAUUUGAUAUUGUCUGUCGGGAGAGGCGAUGGACCAAGAUUGCACUACAAAUGGGCUUUGCCCCUGGCAAGGCUGUUGGCUCGCACCUGCGGGCGCAUUACGAGAAACUCCUCUAUCCCUACAGUCUCUUUCAGAGGGGAGCAAACUUGGCACAAGAGCCGGCUUCCAAACUGAUGCGUUUGGAGACUGAUCCUGAACAUGAAAAGUGUGUCCAGAAACCAGCACUGCUAGAGGACGGCACAGACUCCAAGGAGUACAAGCCCCAUGACCUGGCCCAGAGACAGCUCGCUCAGCCGUCCGAGACCUGCCCCAACGCCCGCAGAGCCAAGCGCCUGAAGUCCGAGUCUGUUUGUGUGAAGACGGAGACAGGCGAGCCCUGUGAGAACAGGCCUAACCUGAGGAGGAGGAUGGGUUCCUUUGUUGCCAAGCCGGAACCCGAAAAAGAGAUUCCCAUUCCAGUGAAACAAGAACCAGCAGAGGUUAAGGAGCCGGUGAUCGAAGCUGACAAAAUCAAAUCGCGCUACAAGAAAAACUUGCCUCCAGUCCUUCUGAAUCCGGUGGACCUGGUUGUGUGUCUGGUGUGUGGCAGCGGGACUCAAGAGGAUCGCCUGUUGUUAUGUGAUGGUUGCGAUGACAGCUACCACACCUUCUGCCUCGUCCCUCCGCUCCACGACGUCCCCAAAGGAGACUGGAGGUGCCCCAAGUGUCUGACUCAGGAGUGCAGCAAACCUCAAGAGGCGUUUGGCUUUGAGCAGGCGUACAGAGACUAUUCUUUGCGUGCGUUUGGGCAAAUGGCUGAUGCGUUCAAAUCUGAUUACUUCAACAUGCCAGUUCACAUGGUCCCCACGGAGCUGGUGGAAAAGGAGUUCUGGCGCCUGGUGGGAGCCAUCGAGGAAGACGUUACUGUGGAAUAUGGAGCCGAUAUUGCCUCCAAGGAGUUUGGGAGUGGAUUUCCCAUUCGCAAUGGAAAGUUUAAAGUUUGCCCUGCAGAUGAGAAGUACCUCAAGUGUGGCUGGAACCUAAACAACAUGGCAAUGAUGGACCCCUCUGUCCUGACCCACGUCACAGCUGAUAUCUGUGGAAUGACGCUGCCGUGGCUGUACGUCGGCAUGUGCUUCUCUUCCUUCUGUUGGCACAUUGAGGACCACUGGAGCUACUCCAUAAACUACCUGCACUGGGGGGAACCCAAAACAUGGUAUGGAGCCCCUGGUUUUGCUGCGGAGCACCUUGAGAAAGUGAUGAAGAAACUUGCGCCAGAGUUGUUUGAGUCCCAGCCUGACCUCCUCCACCAGCUAGUCACCAUAAUGAACCCCAACACCCUCAUGGCCCAUGGAGUCCCAAUUUACAGAACAAACCAGUGUGCCGGGGAGUUUGUCGUCACUUUUCCAAGAGCCUACCACAGUGGCUUUAACCAGGGCUUCAACUUCGCUGAGGCUGUUAAUUUUUGCACCGUGGAUUGGAUGCCCCUGGGCAGGCAGUGUGUUGACCACUAUCGUCUGCUGCACCGGUACAACGUCUUCUCCCAUGAUGAGAUGGUCUGCAACAUGGCCUCCAAAGCAGACAAACUUAAUGUGGUCCUUGCAUCAGCCGUCCACAAGGACAUAUCCAUCAUGAUCAGAGAAGAGCAGGACCUAAGAGACAGAGUCAAGAAAAUGGGGGUGUUGCUUUGCAAGGAAGCAAAAUAUGAUCACCUUCAGGACGACGAGAGACAAUGUUGCAAGUGCAGGACCACCUGUUUCCUGUCUGCAAUCACCUGUCCCUGCAGCCCAGGGGCACUGGUCUGUCUGCACCACAUCAGCGACCUCUGCUCCUGCCCCUUCACCAAUUACACACUGAAUUACAGAUUUACACUGGAUGACCUCUUCCCCAUGAUGAAUGCUGUCAAGCAGCGAGCUGAACUGUAUGACGAAUGGGCUUCGCAUGUGACACAGACGCUGGAGGCUAAACUCGAAAAGAAGAAAGGUCUGGCAGUGUUCCGCACCCUCAUUGCUGAGUCGGACUCCAAGGGGUUUCCCGACAACGACCUCCUGCGUCGGUUGCGUCUCAUCACCCAGGAUGCAGAAAAAUGUUCCUCCGUAGCACAGCAGCUACUUAACGGCAAAAGGCAGACCAGGUAUCAGUGUGGCAGUGGUAAAUCCCAGAGCCAGCUGACUGUGGAGGAGCUGAGGUCAUUUGUCAGGCAGCUUUACAACUUGCCUUGCAGUCUCACUCAAGCCCCCUUGUUAAAGGAGCUUCUGAAUCGCAUUGAAGACUUCCAGCAGCAUAGCGAAAAGGUCCUGACGGACGAAGUGCCAGGCGUCACCGAGAUCCAGAGCCUGCUAGAUGUCAGCUUUGACUUUGACGUGGAACUGCCCGAGCUGCCCCGCCUUAGGGUGAGGCUGGAGCAGGCGCGCUGGCUGGAGGGGGUACAGCAGGCCAGCGGGCAGCCCACCACCCUGUCUCUGGAGGCCAUGAGGAGGCUCAUUGACCAGGGGGUGGGCCUGGCCCCUCAUCCAUCGGUGGAGAAAGCCAUGGCUUGCCUUCAGGAACUGCUCACCAUGUCAGAGCACUGGGAGGACAAGGCGAGCACCCUCCUCAAAGCCAGACCGCCACACUCCAUAGAGACUCUGAGUGCCACCGCUGAGAAGGCGUCCGCCAUCCCUGCUUAUCUCCCCAACUGUCUGCUGCUGAAGGACUCCGUCAGAAGAGCCAGAGAGUGGCUGCAGGAAGCCGAGCAGCUUCAGGCGGGAGAUCAUACACCCAUGGUGGACAGCCUGUCUGACAUGGUGCUACGAGGACAAGGCAUCCAAGUACACCUGGAGCCCUUAGAGAGACUGGAGUCUCUAGUGGCAGAAGUGCAGGAAUGGAAAGAAUCCGCAGCCGCAGCGUUCCUGAUGAAAAACUCUCCCUUUCCUUUACUGGAGGUCCUAUGUCCAAGAUAUAAGGUCGGAAAUUUAGGUUCUCCAAAGAGAAAGUCAAAGAAAGCAAAAGAAUCACCUCAGAAUAACAAGAAGAAAAUGCCAAGCCUAAACAACGUCGGUGAUUUGGAGAAGAUGCUCUCAGAGACCAAGGAUUCUACCUCUGCUAUGGCCACUCUGGAGGAGCUGCACUUCAGGGAGAUGGAGGCACUCGCCACUCUCCGGGCAGCUAACGAGUCAAAGCUCCUCCCGACAGCAGACUGCAUGGACCUGAAGGUGUGCGUCUGUCAGAAGGCGCCCAUGGGAGCCAUGCUGCAGUGUGAGCUCUGCAGGGACGCGUUCCACAGCGUGUGCAUCAGGGACCCGUCAGACACUCCCCUGGCCCAGCCGUGGCUAUGUCCUCUUUGCCGGCGAGCUGAGAAGCCCCCCCUGAGCAAGGCUCAUUCCCUGCUGGCGUCCCUGCAGCGCAUGCACGUGCGCCUUCCCGAGGGCGAGGCAUUGCACUAUGCAGCCGAGAGGACAAUCAAGUGGCAGCAGCGUGCGCAGAAGAUUUUACACUCUUGCAACCUGCCAGAGAUGCAGGACAGACCUGGAACUCCACCCACUCUCACCCGCUGGGCAUCAGGAAGCCACACGGCUGACAGCGACGCUCAGGCUCCUCAUUUGACUCCAGAGUGGAAUAGGACAAGCCAUGCUCAGACUGUCUUUUAUACAGAGCAGGGCUGCAUACCCCUACAGGGUUUGAGUAAGGAGCUUGAGGAGCUCAUGGUGGAGGGCCUCCUACUACAGGUAUCCCUCCCAGAGAUCCAGAACCUCUACCAUGUUUUGCUGAACAGACUCCGAACCCAACAUGCGAAGGGAUGCUUAUUGCCCCCUCCAGAUGACUCCACACACUGUGACAUACGCACGCAGUGCAACUCUCAGGGAAAACACCAGCCACAGAAGGAGGACUUGGUAAGUGGAGCGAAGGAGGUUCCAAGCGGCCCGGAAAAGAAACCCAAGCGUCAUCUGGAGAGGGGGAGUCCAGACGCUGAGCGUAGGGGGAAGAUUAAAAAGCACUGUCACAAAAGGCAGAAGAUGAAUAAGGAGAGGAAAGUGGACCGCAGGGCAGCCUCCACCUCCUCCUCCCCCCGCUCAGACUUCUCCCAGUCGGAUGACUCUGAUGAGGAGAUGGCCAUGUGUCCGGCGGAGCGGUGCCAGCUACCAGAGGGAGAUGAGGUUGACUGGGUCCAGUGUGACGGCAGCUGUAACCAGUGGUUCCACCAGGUCUGCGUGGGGGUUACGGCAGAGCUGGCUGAGAAGGAGGACUACAUUUGUGUCAGCUGUACAGUAAAUGAUGGACACGUCAGAAAGUGAGGAGGGGGGGGCGGAGGGAAAAAAAUGGAGUGAUUUUUUUUUCUUGAAGGAAGGCUGGAGAGGUCUGCCUGCCAUCGGUCCGUUAGCAAGCCGCCAGUCUAGCUAUGUCACUGACCCGUAAUUGCCCCCGUCAGCCCCCCCGCCUCCUCCCGUCUGUCUGCCCCUUUUGUAACAACGGUGCUAUUUUGUCUUUAUUGACUUGUUGUCCAAAACUAUACUGUUCGGUUAUUUCUUUUUGUAAUUUUACAAAUAUUAUAUAUAUAUAUAUAUAUGAUCUAUUAUUGUUAUUAAUAUAUUAUUAUUAUCAUCAUUAUAUUAUUAUGGGAUAGGCUCCAGCAUCCCCGCGACCCUGAGCAGGAUAAGCGGUUUGGAUAAUGGAUGGAUGGAUGGAUGGAUAUUAUUAUUAUUAUUAUUAUUAGUAUUAUCAUUAUUAUGAUCAUAUAUUAUUAUUAUUAUUAUUAUUAUUUCUUCCUAUAAUUUGUUUGUUGUUGUCAAAAUGAAAACAAAUUCAGGAUGUGAAUUGUGUUGCAUGAGAUUCCAUUACAUUGGUGCAAAGGAGUCUUAAUAUACACAGUGCGCCCUGUAAAGGUCAAGGGUUCGAUACCGUUAUCAUGUAAAACUCCUUGCAUGUAAAACCAGACACAAGGGAAGAAGAAGUAAAGGCUUUCACCCCCCCACCCACCCACCCCCUCCCAUUUAAAAAAAAAAACAAGAAUAAUAAUAAUACAAUUUUUUUUUUCCUUCGAAACCCAGUGUUUAGUACAUGCCUCUUAAUAUAAUUAUUCCCAUUUUUUGUAGAGUAGGUUUAUUUAUCUCAGCAAUAACGUUUGUCUGACCUGACGGAAAUGAUCCGCGCUGAGCUGUGUUGCUGCUUUAGCGGUGGUGUGAUGUACAGAACGCUUCGAGAGCAGACGGAUCGCUCGCGAGCUGUGGUAGCAGACCGAAGGAUGAAACUGCUGCCGUUCGCCGCCACGAGGUGCGGUUUGGCGUCGAGUAAAACGUGGGAGAGGUCGAGGGUUGGUUAAAAUGGCGUUGCGGUUUAUACUGUGGAAUAAAAAAAACCCUUUUGUUCUACGAAGUCUCGUCCUUUGACUCGAUCAUGUGGAAAAGGAAGCGCUCGAUAUUCUUCGUAAACCCGACCCCUUGUCGCCUCCUCAUUCACGUUCUUCAUUUUCCCCAACGUUCCUCCUUCUUUUUUUUUUGUUUUCAGUCUGAUUCUUAUUUGAGGACGAAGUCCAAGCUUUUCAUUUUAAUAAAUGAUGUCGGUGA